AUGCCUCAAGCUCGACGUAAAACACCCUUCAGCGGGAAAGCAAAGAAACAACAGUUGCAAUCCAAGAAACAGAAUAAGACGCUACUUAUGCCAACAUCUUCGGGUAACACAAGUUUUGAUGUUGUUUCUGUGAAUUAUCAGCCGAACAGACGAGCCCAAAGCAACAGAUACACUUUGAAGUUCUAUAGAGAGAGUGACGAGGAAUUGAAAAUGAAAAAGGAGGAAGCCCUUAAGGCUUUGGAGCCAGUAUCGGAAGCGGAAAUGGAAAUAGAUCCCUCUAACUACUUUCCUCCCGAACUUUCCUUUCCCCAACGACCGCCGUGGGAUUUCAACAUGUCUCCCGCGCAGUUGGACGCGCAGGAGCAAAAAUAUUUCAGGGAGUACAUCCAGUCUCUACAGAAUUCUCGACACUGGAAAGAUAUCUCGUACUUCGAACUUAAUUUGGAGACAUGGAGACAGUUGUGGAGGGUUUUGGAGAUGUGUGACAUAUUGUUACUGAUCGUGGAUGUUAGAUAUGCUGGCGCGAUGUUCCCUCCGUCUCUCUACGAGUAUAUAAGGAAAGUUGAUAAGGAUAUGAUAUUGGUUCUUAAUAAAAUCGAUCUAGUUCCUGCGCCGGCGGUCGCCGCGUGGAAAAAAUAUCUCACUGAGAGAUAUCCGGGUUUAAAAGUUGUAUAUUUUACGUCGUGCCCCGGAUAUAACCUGGUUGGUUCCGGUACGGAUAAAGCGGGUCUCCAAGUACGCAGACGAAAAGGUCGCCUACGUAUGUGCGCGGAGGGUGCGACGAAACUAUUAGAUGCGUGCAAAGAAAUAGUUGAGGGUAAAGUGGAUUUGAGCGCUUGGGAGAAGAAGAUACAAGAUGAGAGUGAUUUGGACUUUGAUGAGGCUGAAGUGGGUGAAACGAUCGUAGAGAAACCGGAUACGUCUUAUUAUAAUCAUGAGAAAUAUAAAAAUGGCGUCCUAACGGUGGGGUGUGUGGGUACCCCAAAUGUGGGUAAAUCAUCACUCAUGAACGCCAUCAUGGGUAAAAAAGUUGUCUCUGUAUCACGCACUCCGGGACAUACGAAGCAUUUCCAGACUAUAUUUCUGACUAGUCAGGUCCGUUUGUGCGAUUGUCCCGGACUAGUUUUCCCCUCGCUAGUUCCCCGAGCCAUACAAGUCUUAAUGGGAUCUUACCCUAUAGCCCAAUUACGAGAACCAUACACAACUAUCAGGUAUAUCGGAGAGCGUAUAAAUCUACCCUCGUUAUUACGUAUACAACAUCCAGAUAACGAUGAUACUUGGUCGCCUAGAGAUGUUUGCGACGGGUGGGCCAAGCAGAGAGGCUACCUUACAGCGAAAGCCGCCAGAUUGGACACUUAUCGAGCGGCGAAUAGUUUGUUGAGGAUGGCUCUUGAUGGGAAACUAUGUUUGUGGCUCAGACCUCCGGGAGGGAUUGAGAACUUCAAGAGCUGCGAAGAACUGAAAUACAUCAAGUGGGUACAAGCCCAAUCGCAAUCGGACUCACAGACCGAGUCUGUUUCGGACACAGAGACCGGCUCGGAAUCUCAGACCGAAGGUUCUGGAGAAUCUGAUGAAGAGGAACACACAGCUAUAGCAAACAAAUUCGCCGCUCUGUCUAACGAAUAA